AUGUCAUCAUCGAUCUUCCCAACAUAUCUCCUCCCCUCCAUCCCAUUCCGCAGGCUCCUCUGGAAGACAAAUCAAACAACACCAAAAGACACGGCAAAUCCUCCUUCCCCAAGCAGCUAUCAUGGGAAUGAGAACGAUGGUGAUAACACUGCCGUUAUUAAGACCCCUGGCUUCCUGCAGGGUCAUAAAUCCUACCUCCGCUGCGCUCGCUGCUCAGCAGAUCUAUGCCUAACUUCUCAGAUCAUCAGCAAGGGCUUUACGGGCCGGCACGGACGUGCCUAUCUCGUAGCUGCGAACCCAUCUACAGAUGGUACCUCCAUAGCCCCGACACCAUCGAUGCAGCGCUCCUCACUCCCCAAUACGGUUACGCAGCAACCAAUAACAAGACAGCUCGUCACAGGCACUCAUACGGUUAGCGACAUCACCUGUCGUUUCUGCGGGAGUCUGCUGGGCUGGAAGUAUGUGGCUGCGGAGGAGGAGUUGCAGAAAUAUAAAGUUGGGAAAUUCAUUUUAGAGACGAAGAGGAUUACUGUAUUCUCUUCAUGGGAGAAUUGUGAUGAGGAUGGUCGAGGGAAUAAUUAUGCUUAUUCCUGCUCACAAAAGCCGUCGGGGGAUGACAAUGACAAUGAUGUGGAGUUUGAUAGCCAGGAUGAGGAGGAAUGUGAGGAUUUGUUUUCAGGAAUGUGGAGCCCCUGGUUGGCGGCGCGGAGGAAGAGGAAUCGGGCCGUUGAACGGCACUCGUUUGGUUAG